ACAAACAUUCCGCAACAUUUAUGACCUCUUAAAACCCGAAGGUGGUGACUGCCUUUUGGUUACCCUCGCAUAUCAUCCCACAUUUGAUGCUUAUAAACGCAUGAGUCAAACCGAGAAAUGGUCGGAAUAUAUGUACGAUGUUGAAUCGUUUAUGCCACAACAACAAUAUUCUCCCGAUCCGAAAGGUGAUUUCAUGGGAUUUCUACAAAAUGCCGGAUUCAGUGAUUAUCAGGUGGAAGUGCGCAAUAAAGUUUUCCCUCAUCAAAGUUUAAAUGUUUUCAGAAAUAACAUGGUGGCCGUCAAUCCUUUUAUCGACCGCCUGCCCAAAGAAAAACAAAGUGAAUUUGUUAACGACUUUUUGUCGUGUAUUUGUGAUAUUUUGGGCUUGAAUAUCACUCGUGUCGAUUUCAAUGCCACAUUUCCCGUUCCGUAUAAAUUGGCGGUGAUGUAUGCCAAGAAAUCGGGAAAUAUUUGUUAA